AUUGUUUUCGCUUGUGAGACAAAUCAGUCACUAGACCUCGUUCCAGCGACACCUAUUAUCUACCCAGCUACCCGCACACAGCCAGCUAUUCUGCUUCCCUUCCCCCUUUCCCCCACAACGAGCCUGCCCCAUAGCAGACAGCCAUGCCUGCUACUCGCACUCGCGAUACCCCCUCCGGAUCACUCGAGGUGACCACGGACUCCAUCUUCCCUCCCUCUUUGACCAUCAUUUCACCGACGCCGCGCGCCUUCACGUUCCCUAUCGACAAAAACGAAGUCUCUCCUUAUGCUUCUCCUUCUCCUUCAUCUUCGCCCUUCGAGCCAGACCUCAGGACGCUUUCCAUUUCUCCUUCUGCUGCCCCCUCUUCCUCGAUAUCUGUAUUCGCAACGUUAGCAUCACCCACCUCUCCAACGACCUCCUCCGUCCACAAGCGUCGCAAGUCCUCGGUCAGCGACCUCGACCGCCGACCCAAAAAGGGCGAUGACGACUACAUCAAGCGCCCCGAGAACGCCUUCAUCCUCUUCCGUCGCAAGUGCUGCGAGGAGCGCCAGCAGGCCCAGGAGGAGUCUUCUCCAUUGUCUGCGUCCCCCGACGGUCCCCAGAAGAAGCAGCGCCAGGCCGAUCUCUCCAAGACGAUCAGCCAGCAGUGGAAGGCCCUGCCGGCCGAGGAGCGGCUGUACUGGGAGGAGCUGGCCAAGGAGAAGAAGAAGGAGCACGAGCAGAUGUACCCCAACUACGUCUACCGCCCCCAGCGCACCAAGCGCAAGAACGCCAAGGGGAAGCGCGGCGAGUACGAGCACGACACCGACGGCGAGGGCAACGGCAACAUUUCCUUCAUGAUUCCCCUCGCCCCGCCGAUGAUCGCUUCGUCCAAGCACGGUCGUUCCGCAUCCGCCCCUACGCCGCCACCUCAACGACAGGUUCUCCAGGUCCCGAUGGUGUACUCCGCGAUCACCGCACCGACGUCGCCUUCGCUCGCGCCCAUGAUCCAGCGGCGAUCGUCGCAUCCAGAGCACGCCCAGCCGUCGCAGACCGAGUCGUUCGACUUCUUCCCGUCCAACGAUUUCAUCGCGUCGCAUCAGCAGCAGCAGUCGUUCCAGCAGGAGGCAUACCCGAACAUGGUCAACCCUUACCACAGCAUGUUCAACCCGCAGGGCCUCCAGCCUCUGCAGAUGCCCGAAGGCGCCGUCAUGCACCCCAACCAGAUGAUGUCGCCCACGUCGUCCAUCGCCUCCGGCUCGUCCGGUCCGCCGUCGCCCCACGAGGCCUUUACGCCCGUCCACACCGAGCCGAGCCUGCUCUACCCCGACGCGCCGCAGUACAUGCAGCAGCAAGCACCGCCCAUGGAUCUCCAGACGUGCGUUGCGCCGCAGCCAUUCGACGCGAUCCAGUUCGGCUUCCAGAACUACUGUUGGGGCAACGAUGGCAGCAACGGCGUCGUGCAGGGUGCGUGGAACACGGGCGAGCUCCUCCUCGGCGACGAGUUCGACGUCAACGCGAUCCCGCCUAUCGAGCUCGGCAUCCAGGACGGCAGCGCCUCCGAUGAGCUCACGCCUACGCAACAGCACCCGCAGGGCACGACGUACAUGCCCUACAGCCCCGAAGCGUUCUCACCCGAGCAAUACGGCUCCGCCCUGCACCAUCACGACGAUGGCUCGGAUCCGUUCGAGCGGAUGUUCGACUUCGACGCCGGCAUGCAAAGAUGUUGAUGCAGCUCUUCUUGACCAACCCGGCCGAUGCUUCGCUGGCCGUUGUCAUCGGCUUUUCUUCGUUGGACGCUAGGCUGUAAACGGACCUUUUCUUGUUCUGCUCCCCACUCCCCACUCUCCCCUUCUUCGUCUCCCCAUCUCUCUCUGCCAUGCCCUCUCACCCAUGAUUCCCACCCCGCCGCAUACCCCCGCGCACGCCAUCGUCGCUGCAUAUACAUUUCUUUCUUGCUUGGUUGCACCUGUGGAUAUUGAUUAACCUCCCAAUCGUUGGAUUAGCUGUAGUGAUAGCCCCCAUUACCCGUUACCCCCUUGUUUUCAUUUGUGCAUUUCACGUCCGCCUCCUCCGUGUCGAGGUAUUCCCCCCUUCCUCCCCUUCACGUCCCCCCGUCGAUUACCCUUAUGUCCUUCUCACGAGACCUUCACGUUCGAAUACCUCGAUGCCCCCUUCUUCAUACCACGAACGACGCCCAC